CUUCUUAUCUUCCUCUCUACCUCUCCAAAAGACCAAACAUAUCAAGCAAUACAAAAGCCAUGAAAACUGUAAAAUGGAGUAUCUUGGUAAAAUUCCAUCUCAAUUAUAGUUUGAAGCCUUGAGUAGACAUCCAACUCCAAAAGUUGGCAGUAGAGGAAGAACUCUUGUCAGUCUGGGGACCUCUUUUUGUAUUCUCUGAUAAAAUCUCUGCAGAACUUGCCAGUCUAUCUUAAAUGGUCAUUAUUCAACCAAGGCCACUAAUGUGCCCUUUAAAGUCAUCUCUCACAUUUUUACUCUCUCUCUCUCUCUCUCUCCCCCCCCCCCCUCUCUCUUCUUAUCUUCUCUUCAUUACUUGAACAUAAUUCAUUCAUCAUCUUUCCUUCCCUAUCUACUAAAAUUUCACAGCACCAAUGGCCACUAUUAAGCUAUACAUCAACUUGGUCUUACUUAUCUUCACCUUCCUCCUUGCAUCAUUCUUUAUACAAGGUCUUGCAACUCAUGUAGCAAUUUCUCAUGAACAAGGGCCAUCUCAAUCAUCUCCAUCACAGAAUGCACUCCAUUUGCAGGGUGUUAGUGAAGAAGCUAACUGGAGGAAAAAGAAUUCAAGGAGAUUGAUGAUAGGAUCUACAGCUCCAAUCUGCACUUACAAUGAAUGCAAAGGGUGCAAGUACAAGUGUAAAGCUGAACAAAUACCAGUGGAUGGGAAUGAUCCUAUCAACAGUGCUUAUCACUACAGGUGUGUGUGUCACAUGUAAUCAGUUGCCUAGACUCUUUCUUGAGAUAUAAAGCAAGAAAGUAUAAUAUAGAUAGAAUGAGAGGGUGAGAUUUCAGUAGGGAAUUUGCUAUCACCAGUGCAAGAGAAAUAAGCUAUAUAGACUAAGAAGAUUUUCUGUCUGUCUACUUGUAUUCUUCUUCUUUUCUCUUUGGAUAUUUUUUUCCCCAUUGGAUUGGGUCCCAAAAGAUUAGAAUGUUGAUGAGAAAUUGUAUGAAUAUUGGCUCAAUCUGUUAAUCUUUGUUUGAAGGAAGAGCAAAGAAAAUAAAAGGGAUAGCUCAAUUUCACCACA